ACCAAUCUACCAUGAAUCAUCGGGACUGGUUUUUCUAUAAAUUUCCUCCGUAGGUCAGGCACCUCGGCAUUCAACCAGUGAUUAUGAUGAGCGGAGCAAGUGCGGUUAAUCACGCGGAAACUUUCGUAUUUCUCGAUAUCGAAACCACUGGGUUUAGAGAUCCGAAAAUAACUGAACUCGCGAUGUUGGUGAUGCCACGGGAGGAUUUUAUGCCCCAAAGAAACGGAACAAGUCGGCGCGCGCUAAACAAAUGGACUUCCUUGUUUAAUCCGGACAAGCCGAUUGAAGCGAAAGCUAGUGAAAUAACUGGGCUGACAAACGACAUGCUAGGCAAAUAUAAUAAAUUCGAUAAGAACGCUGCAACAAGUAUUAUGUCAUACCUUAGUCACUAUCCAAAACCUAUUUGUCUUAUCGCACAUAAUGGCCGGCGGUUUGAUUUUCCCAUAAUAAGGAAAUCAUUCGAAAAUGUUGGUGUGGAUAUACCCGACUAUAUAGUGUGUUCUGAUUCUUUGGCAAUACUUAAAGAGCUUGAAAACGGAUGCACCGGUCCCAUAGACAGAGACCAGGGUUUGGAAUCAUCUCUACUGCUAGGACCGUGUGCUGCAGGUGGUACUAUAGCAAAGCAACAAAGAAAAUCAUUCAAAUUAUCUGAGGUGCAUAAACGACUUUUUAAUUGCGAACCGGUUGUUGCGCAUUUUGCAGAAGAAGAUGUCGAAAUAUUACAUAAAGUAGCUACAUUCUAUGGCGACGAGUUUAUUAAGAUUGCAGAGAAGCUAGCAUUCACUUUCUCACAAGUUAGAGGGAAUAUCUCAAAUUAAGUAAUAUUCAUCCAUCGAAAUAAAAUAAAGUAAGAUAUAGUCAAAUGUAA